AUGCCAUCAAUACCAUGCCUUGCGAAGUAUUCGGCAGUUAUAAGACAGCAGCAACAACCUCAACAAACACCCAUAACGACGAACUAUGAAUCAAGAAGUAUUGAAAAUAUUUUAAAUUCAUUUAUGAAUAAAAUUGAUGCACGAAUACAACAAAUGGAAACAACAGUGAUGACACAGCUAUGUGAUAUUGAAAUUAAAAUUGAUAAACAACAAACAAUAACGAAUACAUUAGAAGAAAUUAUUUAUGAUAUUGUAUUACCCGGGACAAAAUUAGUACAGGAUGUAGCCUUCCAAAUGACUCGUCAUGCUCCAACCAAGCAACAAUUAAGUGAUUGA